AUGUCUAGCAAUAACUUUGAAGGAGAAAUGCUACAAUCAGAAGAUCCUGAAGAAGCUCUAAGCCCUAAAGCAAAUAGCUCAAAAAGAUCAAGGCAAAGAAUACAAAAGCCAUUAAAAUGGCAAAGACUAACUCCACAUAAUAGUGCAGAACCAUGUGGCCAUUUUUUGGGUUCUGAUAAUUCCACUGGCAAUUUUAUUGUUCAUCUUACUACACAUCAAAUUACUGAAGAAAGUCAUGAGAGAAAAAUGAACGAAAUACGAAAUAAUAAUCAGGUGUCACAACCCCGUAUAGAUGAAACAAUACAAGAUAAUCCAAAUAUUAAAAGUAAUCGAGAUCGAAAAUUUGUUAGAAUCUUGAUUAAGGAUAAUCGACCAAUCAGUAUAUGUAAUGAUGAAGGGUUUAUUGAAUUUAUUCAUAAAUUCGAUCCAAAUUAUCAACCUUCAAGUGAUAAAACAGUUCAACAAUUAUUAGCUGAAGCAUAUAAUAUAAUCAAAUCAAAAUUGUUUUAA